CUCUUCCGGUGCGGGGGAUAAUAUGGGGACAAUACACCUGUUCCGCAAAUCACAGAGAUCAUUGGUUGGAAAGUUAACACAUGAAUUUAGGCUGGUUGCAGCAGAUAGGAGGUCCUGGAAGAUCUUGCUGUUUGGUGCUAUAAAUUUAAUAUGUAUUGGCUUCCUGCUAAUGUGGUGCAGCUCUACAAACAGUAUAGCUUUAACUGCUUACACGUAUUUGACAAUCUUUGACCUUUUCAGUUUGGUAACAUGUCUAAUAAGCUACUGGGUAAUGAUGAAGAAACCCAGCCCAGUCUAUUCAUUUGGGUUUGAAAGGUUUGAAGUUCUAGCCGUAUUUGCAUCUACAGUUCUGGCACAGCUUGGCGCACUUUUUAUACUAAAAGAAAGUGCAGAGCGGUUUCUGGAACAACCUGAGAUACACACGGGGCGACUGCUGGUUGGUACUUUCGUGGCUCUCUUUUUCAACUUAUUUACAAUGCUUUCCAUUAGGAAUAAGCCUUUUGCUUAUGUGUCUGAAGCUGCCAGCACAAGUUGGCUUCAGGAGCAUGUUGCAGAUCUUAGUAGAAGUAUUUGUGGAAUCAUCCCAGGAUUGAGUAGCAUCUUUCUGCCACGAAUGAACCCUUUUGUCUUGAUUGAUAUUGCUGGAGCUCUAGCUCUUUGCAUUACCUACAUGCUCAUUGAAAUCAACAAUUAUUUCGCUGUAGACACAGCCUCUGCUAUAGCAAUUGCUUUGAUGACAUUCGGUACCAUGUAUCCCAUGAGUGUCUACAGUGGGAAAGUACUACUCCAGACAACCCCACCUCAUGUGAUUGGCCAGUUAGAUAAACUUCUCAGAGAGGUUUCAACGUUGGAUGGUGUCUUGGAAGUUCGAAAUGAGCAUUUCUGGACAUUAGGUUUUGGCACUUUGGCUGGAUCAGUACAUGUCCGAAUUCGGAGAGAUGCAAAUGAACAAAUGGUACUUGCCCAUGUCACUAACAGAUUAUACACAUUGGUCUCUACCUUGACUGUUCAGAUUUUCAAAGAUGACUGGAUCAGACCUACCUUAUCAUCUGUGCCUAUUGCAAACAAUAUUCUGAACCUUUCGGAUCAUCAUAUUAUUCCAAUGCCAUCUUUGAAAGCUGCUGAUAAUUUGAACCCUGUUACAUCCACUCCAGCUAAGCCCAGCAGCCCACCGCCAGAAUUUUCCUUUAAUACACCAGGCAAAAAUGUGAGUCCAGUCAUCCUUUUAAACACUCAGACAAGGCCCUAUGGAUUGGGCUUUAACCAUGGAUCUGCACCCUACAGCAGUGUACUCAAUCAAGGAUUUGGAAUACCGGGAAUGGGAGCAGCUCAAGGAUUCAGAACUGGUUUUACAAAUGUCCCAAGCAGAUAUGGAACAAACACUCGUGGGCAACCCCGAACAUAAUAAACACCAUUAUUUAUUGUA